AUGCGUGCGCUCCGCCUGCGGCGCUGCCCACGGGGCACAUCCCCGGCCCGGGCGGGAGCGGGGCGGGAGCGGGGCGGGCGGGGCCGGGGCGGGGCGGGGCGCAGGCAGCCCGGCCUCCAGCCAGCUGGGUGCCUGCGCCGCGCGGCGGUCUUGGGGGCCCGUCUGGGCCGGAGGGCCGGGCACGAGGCGGGCUGGGAGGCAGGGGCGGCGGCGGGCGCAGGGCCCGCACCCUACAAGCGCGAGAUCCAGUCCACGCUCUGGGAGCGGCGGCCCGAGCGCGCCGGGCAGCUGCAGAGCCUCCUGCGCCAGGACCUGGGCCUCAGGGGGGACCUCUUCACCCAUAUCCUCUACAGAAACGGGACUCUCUUUCCCCUGGUGGACCCCAUUUCCCACGACUUGCUGGCCAACCUGGCUCAGGCCCUGCAGUGCCCCAAGAAGGACCGUGAGCUGUGGAAAUCUUUGGACAGGAUCUGCCGGCAGCUCAUCUACCACCUCACCCCUCACUCCAAGCGGCAGCGAGGGGCCAGCCUGGCCCAGAGGAAGGCACAGAGCUGUGUGUGUUUGAGCCUGUCUGCUUGCACCAAAGGGCAAUCAAUCAAAGGCUCACUGUCGCCGGCGCCGUGGCUCAAUAGGCUAAUCCUCCACCUUGCGGCGCCGGCACACCGGGUUCUAGUCCCGGUUGGGGCGCCGGAUUCUGUCCCGGUUGCCCCUCUUCCAGGCCAGCUCUCUGCUAUGGCCAGGGAGUGCAGUGGAGGAUGGCCCAGGUGCUUGGGCCCUGCACCCCAUGGGAGACCAGGAAAAGCACCUGGCUCCUGGCUCCUGCCAGGAUCAGCGCGGUGCGCCGGCUGCAGCGGCGGCCAUUGGAGGGUGAACCAGCGGCAAAGGAAGACCUUUCUCUCUCUGUCUCUCUCUCUCACUGUCCACUCUGCCUGUCAAAAAAAAAAAAAAAAAAAAAAAAAAAAAAAAAAAGGCUCACUGUCCACAGCUACCCACUUAGAAAGUGGCCGCUGGACAGAACCCGCCUUUGAGUGGCCGUUGGAACCCAGCCCUGGGCUGCCUCUUGUCUGGUUGGUGGGGAGCUGCCUGGCCCUGAGCCCCAGGCCCUUGCUCAGCCCCUCCCCGCCUGCGGAUCCCCCCACCCCCCCAGCUUCAAGAAGACCCUGCCAGCCACAGGGGAGACUGGGCGUUCCAGCAUCCCGCCAUCGGCGCGCGACCCUGGGCAGCCACAGCGCUGGGCUGGCGGUGCUGGACCUCAGCUUCACGGGGCUGAGCGACGAGCUGCUGUGCCUGCCUCUCGCAGCAGGCAACCGGCUGACGUGAGCCACUGCCCGCCAGCUCACCGAGGCCAUCAAUGAUACAGCCAAGUUCCGAGUGGACCUGGGCAACAACAUGGACGUGGCCUCCCUGUCCCAGCCCCUACUGGUUGGCCUGCGCCAGCGGCUGAGCCAGCACACCUUACUCUCCACCGUCUACGAGGGCCUGGACCUGGAGCCAGGGGUUGGGGGUGCUGAGACCGGAGCUGCUGCUGCUUCUGCCUCCACCUGGGGCUCUGCAGCUGUGGAGCCGGGGCCUGAGCCCCAGGCCUGCUGUGCCAGGUGACCCGCUGUCUGCCUGGGUCACUCCCAAAGACCAAUGCUCUCAAGCGCAUAGGACAGUGGAUGACGGAGGCCUGGGAGGCCCCGCCCCCAACCAGGCCCCCAGAGAGCCAGUGCAAAUGGUCCUCCUGGGAUUAAGGGGACAGAAGAAGAAUGGGCGCUCCCAGCAGGAAGGAUGCCGGCACUCAGGUCAGACCUCCCAAUAAGAGGGUGAUGCCUCCCCCACGCCCCGUCUCAGCCUCUCUGCAUCGUGGAUCCGUGGCUGCCAAGUUCCAGCCCUCGCUGCUGCUGCUGCUAUGGUGGGGAGAAGGGGUGGCCCCCACCCACCCCGACCCUUUUCAGCUGCUUCCUGGGGCUGAGCCCCUUUGGAGACCCACCAGGGGCAAAGCCACAGCUGACUCGGAUGGGGACAGGGUGCUGCCCAUCACCCCCAGGACCCUGGCCUCCCACCACCCCCACCCCCCGGGCCAAGCUGCCUACUCUUGGUCUGUGGAUAAGUCUGCAAGGUUCAGAAAUGCAUCAGGCCAAGCCGGCGCCGCGGCUCACUAGGCUAAUCCUCCGCCUUGCGGCGCCGGCACACCGGGUUCUAGUCCCGGUCAGGGCGCCGGAUUCUGUCCCGGUUGCCCCUCUUCCAGGCCAGCUCUCUGCUGUGGCCCGGGAGUGCAGUGGAGGAUGGCCCAGGUGCUUGGGCCCUGCACCCCAUGGGAGACCAGGAAAAGCACCUGGCUCCUGGCUCCUGCCACCGG